AUGGCCAUAGGAAGAAAUAACACAACCGUGACAAAAUUUAUCCUCCUAGGAUUUUCGGAUCAUCCUCAAAUGAAGAUUUUCCUUUUUGUGUUAUUUCUUGGGAUUUACCUCCUGACCCUAGCCUGGAACCUGAGCCUCAUUGCUCUCAUCAGGAUAGAUUCCCACCUCCACACGCCCAUGUACUUCUUCCUCAGUCACCUGUCCUUCCUAGAUCUCUGCUAUGUGUCUUCCACAAUUCCCAAGAUGCUGUCUGACAUCAUCACAGAGCAGCAAACCAUUUCCUUUGUUGGCUGUGCCACACAGUACUUCAUUUUCUGUGGAAUGGGGCUGACAGAAUGCUUCCUUUUGGCAGCCAUGGCAUAUGACCGGUAUGCUGCCAUCUGCAACCCCUUGCUCUACACAGCCCUCAUAUCCUACACACUCUGUUUGAAGAUGGUGGCAGGGGCCUAUGUUGGUGGAUUCCUUUGCUCUUUCAUUGAAACGUACUCUAUCUAUCAGCAUGAUUUUUGUGGGCCCAACUUGAUCAACCACUUCUUCUGUGACCUUCCCCCAGUCUUGGUUCUGUCAUGCUCUGAUACCUUCACCAGCCAGGUGCUGACCUUCAUUGUGGGUGUAGUUGCUGGAGUGGUGUCUGUCCUUGUGAUCCUCAUCUCUUAUGGUAACAUUGUUGCUGCUGUCCUGAAGACCAGUGCUGUCAAAGGCAGGACCAAGGCCUUCCGCACCUGUGCUUCUCACCUGACUGCUGUGACCCUCUUCUACGGUUCUGGUUUCUUCAUGUACAUGCGACCCCGUUCCAGCUACUCCCUAAACCAGGACAAGGUGGUGUCCAUAUUCUAUGCUCUGGUGAUCCCUAUGGCCAACCCCAUCAUCUAUAGUCUUAGAAAUAAGGAGAUUAAAGAUGCCGUAAGGAGAGCUGUGGAAAGGUAUUGCAUGCUUUCUCACAGGCAUACAUUUUUCUGA